AUGAGCCGUGAGUCUGGCCCGGGUGCCCUGCGCACCCAAGAAUUCUCUUUGCUUCCUGGCAGAGCCUUGAAUGCCAAGCUCAGCGUCUUGUGUGUCUCUCUCUCUGCAGGGAGGAGUCUCUCGCUCCGGUUCCCGCUACUCCUGUUGCUGCUGCCAACAGCCCCGGUCCUGGCACCGGCCCCCGGGGUGCCCGCGCCGGUGAACCCCUGUUGUUACUAUCCAUGCCAGCACCAGGGAAUCUGUGUCCGCUUUGGUCUCGACCACUACCAGUGUGACUGCACCCGCACGGGCUACUCCGGCCCCAACUGCACCGUCCCUGAGCUAUGGACCUGGCUCCGGAAUGCGUUGCGGCCCAGCCCCUCUUUUCUCCACUUCCUGUUGACACAUGGGCGCUGGUUCUGGGAGUUUGUCAAUGCCACUUUCAUCCGUGAUAUGCUAAUGCGCCUGGUACUCAUAGUGCGUUCCAACCUUGUCCCCAGCCCCCCAACCUACAACGCCGCAUAUGACUACAUCAGCUGGGAGUCCUUCUCCAAUGUGAGCUACUACACCCGUAUUCUGCCCUCUGUGCCCCAAGACUGCCCCACACCUAUGGGAACCAAAGGGAAGAAGCAGUUGCCCGAUGCCCAGCUCCUGGCCCGUCGUUUCCUGCUUAGGAGGAAGUUCAUACCUGAUCCCCAAGGCGCCAACCUCAUGUUUGCCUUUUUCGCACAACACUUUACCCACCAGUUCUUCAAAACUUCUGGCAAGAUGGGUCCUGGCUUCACCAAGGCCGUGGGCCAUGGGGUCGAUCUGGGCCACAUUUAUGGAGAUAAUCUGGAACGCCAAUAUCAGCUGCGGCUCUUUAAGGAUGGGAAACUCAAGUAUCAGGUGCUGGAUGGAGACAUGUACCCCCCAUCAGUGGAGGAGGCACCUGUGUUGAUGCACUACCCAAAGAACACUUCACCCCGGAGCCAGAUGGCCGUGGGCCAGGAGGUGUUUGGGCUGCUUCCUGGGCUCAUGCUCUAUGCCACAGUCUGGCUGCGUGAGCACAAUCGUGUGUGUGACCUGCUGAAGGCCGAGCACCCCACCUGGGAAGACGAGCAGCUCUUCCAGACGACUCGCCUCAUCCUUAUAGGGGAGACCAUCAAGAUCGUAAUUGAGGAGUAUGUGCAGCAGUUGAGUGGCUACUUCCUGCAGCUCAAGUUUGACCCGGAACUGCUGUUCGGAGUCCAGUUUCAGUAUCGCAACCGUAUUGCCAUAGAGUUCAACCAUCUCUAUCACUGGCACCCACUCAUGCCCGACUCCUUCAAGGUGGGCUCCCAAGAGUACAGCUAUGAGCAGUUCUUGUUUAACACCUCCAUGCUGGUGGACUAUGGAGUCGAGGCCCUGGUGGAUGCCUUCUCUCGUCAGCGUGCUGGUCGGAUCGGUGGGGGUAGGAACAUGGACCAGCAUGUCCUGCAUGUAGCUGUGGAGGUCAUCAAGGAGUCUCGACAGCUGCAGCUGCAGCCCUUCAAUGAGUACCGCAAGAGGUUUGGCUUGAGGCCCUACACCUCUUUCGAGGAGCUCACAGGAGAGAAGGAGAUGGCAGCUGAGUUGGAAGAACUAUAUGGUGAUAUCGAUGCCAUGGAGUUCUAUCCGGGGCUGCUUCUUGAGAAGUGCCAUCCAAACUCCAUCUUUGGGGAGAGUAUGAUACAAAUUGGGUCGCCUUUUUCCCUCAAGGGCCUCCUGGGGAAUCCCAUCUGUUCUCCGGAGUACUGGAAGCCCAGCACAUUUGGCGGCGAGACAGGUUUCAACAUUGUCAAGACUGCCACACUGAAGAAGCUGGUCUGCCUCAACACCAAAACUUGUCCCUAUGUUUCCUUCCAUGUACCCGACCCCAGCAAGGAUGACUGGCCCAGUGUGGAGCGGCCAUCCACAGAGCUCUAA